AUGUUGAGAACCCCUGGAAGUCACAGGGCUGUCCAGUACUUCGGCAUCGGCAACUACUACAUAUGGCACGAGUUGACCAACCUAUUCGGCACCUUUGUCAUCGGUGUCUUCGGACCCAGCCUGGGUAUUCCGGCAAGGCCGCCACGUGUGGAGUGGCUCGCUGGCCUCGGCUUCAUCUGCGUCUUCCUUGGCAUGAUCCCCGUCGUCUUCAUGCGCGACAAAAAGGAGGCCUCCUCCAAUUCCGCUGCCAGCCCGCCGACGGAGACAACGAGUUUGGAGACGCUUUUCCGACAAGAGCUGCAGGAAGGCUCCGGCUCGACGUCUCCGAACCACACCUGGACCCUUCCGGAGGUCCUCCAGGUGGCCCAAGAGUCCUUUGCUGCAGCCAAUGCGCUGACUUGGGACGGCACCAUAGGACGACCCGAUGUCCAACAGCUGCGACGACUCCGAUUUGCAUCGGACCCGCUGAAGCUCGACAGCCUCGGCUGCUCCGGUGGACUGCCCAUCGCCGCGUCGCCCAUCGUCGAGGAGGCCGAGCCGGUUCCAAGCGCGGGCCGGGCCUGGCUCAAAGGCUGGCUGCUGUCUCUGGUCACCGGAUUGGUGUUAUCUCUUCAAUACGAGCCCAUGCUGCCGUGGAAGCAAAGCCUUGAAGCGCGCGGCUUCAAGCCAUCCGGGGUGGACUACGCCUUCUCCAACUGCCUAGGCAUUUUUCUCUGCUCCACGGCCUACCUGCUCAUCGCAGGCGGCUGGAAGAGGCUCACGCGGCAGCCCCUGCAGAAGCCGGUUCUGCGGCCUGCGCUGCUGGCCGGGGUCAUGUGGACCCUGGCCUCUUACUUUCAGCUCUACGCCAUGACGCAGCUGCCGUAUGCAGUUGCAUACUGCUUGAUCGUGGGUGGAGGACUCGCUGUGAGCCUGCUCUGGGGCACCCUCUUGUUUGGGGAG